AGCUCUCCCUGCCUGGCCAUCCUCACAGUGGCUCUGAAAGCAACCGGAGAGGCAGCUGAGGGAUCCUGGCUGAUCCGGAGUCCAGCCUCUUGCUUCCCACUGCUACACCAUGAAAAUCCUGUUUAGUGACGUUCUGCUGCUCAGCCUGCUCUCCAGCGUGUUCAGCAGCUGUCCCAGGGACUGUCUCACCUGCCAGGAGAAGCUCCGCCCAGACCCUGGCAGCUUCAACUUGAAGGUAUGCAUCCUCCAGUGUGAAGGAAAGGUCUUGCUCCGUCCUCUCUGGACUGCAUGUGCCAAAGUCAUGGCCAGUGCCUCUGGGCAGCUCAACCCUGCUGACCCAGAGCUCGUGACAGCUGCUCUGUACCAGCCAAAAGCUUCGGAGAUGCAGCAUCUGAAGCGAAUGCCCCGGGUCAGGAGCGUGGUGCAAGCGGCAGAUACGGAGCCUGGCACCGAUGAUGCCGACGAGGUGGAACAGAAGCAGUUGCAGAAGAGGUUUGGGGGCUUCACUGGGGCCCGGAAGUCGGCCCGGAAGUUGGCCAACCAGAAGCGGUUCAGUGAGUUUAUGAGGCAGUACCUGGUCCUGAGCAUGCAAUCAAGUCAGCGCCGGCGCACUCUGCACCAGAAUGGUAAUGUGUAGCCAGAAGGAGCCCCUCCCAGCUGCACCGGCCACUGCAACCCAUGAGCAUCCAGGUGAUCCCCCGAACAGCAUGUGUCCACACCCAGAAGUGCCGGCCGGGAGUCAGGAUUCCUUCUUCCCUGAGGCAUUGAGUACCCACAGCAACCCCCUGCCCGGUUGUUGCCCCCUCCCCACGGCAUGUUUCACCACAACCCUGUUGCUACAUCAGAGUGUAUUUUUGUAACUCCUCCAGCUAACAUUUCCAUGGCCCCAUCUUCUCCCUCAUCUUCUGCCCUCUUCUAGGGCCCGGGGAGAGGAAUGUGAAAUCAGACGCGGGGUCUUGCCUUGUCACUGCCAUAACCUGUUUGUAAAAGAUCUGUUCUUUUUGACCGAUCGUUUGAAACAACUCUCUCCAUUAAA